AUGGUGGGGUUCGCGGGGAAGAGGAAGGAACUGGAGCAGGUGGUGGAUGGCCUCUCCGACUUCUCCCUCUCCGGCCCCGCUGCCAAGAGCCGCAGAUUGGACCCCGGCCUCCCACCAAUUAUGGAAGAAGAACCACCUGCUCCUUCCAUGUCAUUCCAGAUGCUGGGAGAGAAAAUCAAUAGUGGUGUUGACAUACCCAGUGUGGAAGACAUGAUGGAAGGUCUAACAACACAUCAUGUGCCUAGUGAGGACUUGGCACUUGUUUUAUACAAACCAGUAGAUAACCCCGUACCAUUUGGUCCUGGCAUCUCAAGCUCUUCAUUCAUAGUGAGUUCAGACUUGAUACGUGGUCUAAAGAACCAUGCUUUCAAUCAAGCGAACUAUCAUGAGAUGGAGGGUGAAUCUCCUGAGCGUAGGAACAGCUUGGCUUUAGUUCCUUGGAUACCACCACAAGUGUCUAUUAGAUCUGACUGGGUUGCUGCUGAGCCAGAGAGCACACAGAUUUUUGAAGUACCUAUGGAGGCUGAUGAGACUGAAGUAACUUCUAUGGAUGUCGAGGAAACACCCGAAGCAGUUUCCGGCGGAUUCAAUGGUGAGAACCUUGGCCAGUGGCAACAUUGUAUGACCCCAUCGUCGUUACCAAAUCCAGCAGCCCAUGUUAUGUGGUCAAGGUAA